AUGGAGUGCUGUGGGAAGGUGGAUGACUCGCUGCCGCAGAACGUGGUGCCUGUUGGCAUGUGUGUGGAAGGGCAAGUGGAGACCACCCUGGAAGCAUUGGACGCCAAGCUGGACAAGCUCACUGCCAAGGUUGACCAUUGUGUCAAUGAGUUGUUGGCCUUGCGCCACGGUCCCAGUCCCGUGCCGAACCACCGCCGGUCCAUGGUGUCCUCCGCUCCGAGUGCUUUGGGCCGCAAAGGCUCGUUGGAAUCCCUGGACGUCCGCGCCCCCUCCGCUGCGCCAAGCCGGCCUACCUUGGGCCGUGGGCUGUCGUCGAUCUCCAUGCGCUCGGUGCCCGUCUCGGAGCCGGGAGAGCAUCCCUUUCGCCGGGGCCCACGCAUGUCGCAGAGGUCCGACGCCAUGGAGUCGCUCUUCUCCAAGCGCGGCCCGGUGCCCCGCGACUCGCUCACGAACCAUACGGCUGGCAGAAGGCAAGAGUCAGAGGUCAGCCUCGGCGUCACGCCACAGUUGCGGCGGAAGGUGCCCGUGCGCUACAUUGACCUUCGGAUGGCUUGGCAGAACUACGCCCGUGAACAGCUGAAUCAGGAGCUCUCUGAUGAGGGCAUGAAGCCCUUGAUCCGAAUGAUGCAUCGCAACCGUUGUGAUGAUUUGUGGGAGUUGUUGGAUGACCCGCUCUCGAGCAGGUGUGCCUGGUGGAUUUCCCAAUUCUUGGCCUGCAUUGUCAUGGCCAGUGUCAUCCUCUCGAUGCUGGGUGCAGCGGAAGAGGAGCCGUUGAUCAACGCCAACACCGCAGCGGUGCUGGAACUGUGCCUGGAUUGCUUCUUCUUGCUGGAAUUUCUGUGCCGCAUUUUGUCUGCCCCAUCGAAGCGAAGCUACUUGUCGGAUCCUCUCAAUUGGCCAGACAUGGUCUCGGCCACGGGGCUGCUGAUCCGUGGCGCCGCGGGCUUUGUCGUGACCACCUCGAUGACGCAGGGCUCACGAUCAAUGGUGGUCACCCUUUUCCUGCUGUUGCCUUUGAUUCGCUUCUUAAAGCUUCUUCGCUACUUUGAGUCCUUCCGCUUACUCAUUGAUGCCACGCGCAACAGUGUGGAGGCCCUACCCGUGCUUUGUUACAUCAUGGUGGUUUUGUGUUUGAGCUCUGCCACGAUGAUGUACUUGGCGGAAGAACGUUCCAACAUCCCCAGCAUCUACCAUGCCAUGUGGCUGGCGAUCGUGACUAUGACCACAGUAGGCUACGGCGACUACUUCCCGACCUCUUUGACCGGCUACAUCGUUGCCUCGCUCCUCACCUUUUCCAGUGUGCUCUUCCUGGCGCUCCCUGUGGGAAUCAUUGGUCAUGAGUUCACUCAAUCCUGGCAGCAAAGGGGCCAGGUCUUGUUGAAGAAUCGCAUUCGCCGAUGCAUGGUCAAGUGGGGCUACAGUGCCAAGGAUUUGCGCAUGCUCAUUGAGUACGUGGAUGUGGACGGCGAUGGCGUCCUAGCCCUCACGGAGUUCUUGGAGCUGAUGCGGCAGAUGAGAAUUGGGAUCACUGCUCAAAGUGCCAUCGAUCUAUUCAUGGCCUUCGAUGAUGAUGCGAACGGUUACAUUGAUUAUGACGAGUUUCUCCGGCAGAUCUUCCCUGAAGAAUAUGUGAAGGAGACGGUGGAUGAGCAGAUCUUGAAUGCUUAUGGGCCACAGGCCUCACCCGAGAGCCUCAGCCCGCCGGUGACCUCGGACGACUUCUCCCCCCACAGUAGGUCGCAGACAGGCGCGGUCGCAGACAGGUUUUCCACCAAGGAGUAUGAGGAGUUUCAGCUGCUGUUCACCAUGAACGAUCGAGACGGCUCAGGUGACGUGGAUGUGGGUGAGUUGAAGGUGAUGAUCCACUGGUUGGGCUUCUCCGCUAGCCACCUGGCACCUGAGCUGGCUCGAAAGGUGGACCGCGACGGUAGCGGCUCACUGAACUUCGUGGAGUGGCUGAGCUUGCACAGCGUGGUGGGACAUGGUGUGACUGGUCUUCUGAGCAAGCGGUGCCAGCAUUCUCCGGCCAAAGUCUUUGUGUCUUUAGAUCAAGGCGCAAUGAACCCCACCAUUGCCUUUUGCAGCCAUGCCGCCAGUCCUUCCACUGCCAAGGCGCAGGUGGCCGACCAGAAGCUGCUGGGACUCAGUGAUGAGGCAGAGGAGAAGCUCAAGAAGCUAAGGAGGCUGGAUGCGUCGCCCCGACUCCAAGCCGCCGCCAUCGCCGAGCUGUUCCCCUUCGAGCUGGAUGAGGCCCAAAAAGAGGCAGCGCGGCAAGUGGCCGAGGGCAAGGAUGUGCUUUGCUGCUUGCCCACAGGCUCGGGCAAAACUGCGAUUGCCAUUGCUGCAGCAUGGCAAGCCCUACUGCAGGGCGCUCGGAUGAUCUACACCUCACCGCUGAAGGCCUUGUCCGCGCAGAAGCGCCGGCAGCUGAGCGACAUCUUCGGAGCGGAGGCCGUGGGCUUGGUCACUGGCGAUCACUGCAUUAUACCAGAUGCACCAAUCGUGGUCAUGACCACGGAGAUUCUUCGCAACAAGCUCUACAUGUUUGGAAACUCCUUGGGCGAACGUGGGCAACACCUGGUGGUAGUGCUGGAUGAGCUCCACUGGAUCAGCGAUCGCAGCCGCGGCAGCGUUUGGGAGGAAGUGAUCAUCAAUGGCCCGAGCUCCUGUCAGUUUCUUGGGCUUUCAGGGUCCGUUGGUGGAGAUCCGCAGGAGUUCUGCCACUGGAUGGAAUCCAUCCUCGGCCGCCCCUGUGGCCUGGUCGUCUCCCAGCGCAGGCCGGUCCCCUUAAAUUUCUAUGUGAUGAGGAGGUCCAAGUCCUCUCAGAAUGAACGGAGCUUCCCUUUGUGGGACGAGGCAGGAACUGAACUUCAUCCCAGGCUCUUGGAUGAAGACUGGAGAGAUGUACCUGAGAAGCCCAAGGGGCCAGGACUCCCCCGCGUUUUAGCUCUUGCGCGGACGCUGAAGCGCUUGCAGCGCCUGAAGUGGCUGCCAGCACUCAGCUUCUCGCUGCAGCGAAGGCGUUGCGAGGAGAAGGUUCAAGACGCUCACUUGCUCCUCUCCUUGGCUCGGCCUGGUGCAUUUCGUUCUCCAGCCUUCCGGCUUCUGCGGUGGCGCCCCCUCGUCACUGAGGCGGAGGCGGCAGAGAUCCAGCAAGCUCUGACCCACUUUGAGCGCGACUUCCCAGAUUUGGAGUUAUCCCAGACCACUCGGGAAGUCUUGCUGAAUGGCUUGGCCGCCCACCAUGCUGGACUCAUGCCUGCGCACCGGGCCUUGGUGGAGACCCUUUUCGAGCGAGGCCUGUUGAAGUUGGUCUUUGCCACGGAGACCUUGGCGGCAGGGAUCCACAUGCCGGCCAAGGCUGUGCUGCUCAACUCGCAGCGGAAGAAGGAUGCCUUCGGCCUGCGCAGCCUCAAUGGCACGGAGCUGCAGCAGAUGUGUGGCCGUGCGGGGCGUCGGGGCUUGGACCUGCGAGGACAUGUGUUGGUGGAGGGCCAGGCCUGCUGGACCGCCCAAACACUGAUCGAUGGACCGCUUCCCUUGAGCUCCAGCUUCGCUCCGAGCUAUGACAUGCUAUGUGCUCUCUUCACCGGUGGACGACUUGAGCAUUCCGUGGCGGCCCUUUGCGCCGGCAGCUUCGCAGCCUUCCUCGCCCGGUCUGAGACGCCGGACGUGGGACACGCGCCGGAAGCGGAGGAUAUCCAAGUGCUACAAGAUUACGGAGAAGAGCUAAAAGCCACAAGGGAGCUUCUAGAGGAGAAUGGAUCUUCCAUGGAAGAGCUGGAGGAAUACCUGAAAUUGCGCUCCCAGCAGCAGCUCGACCUGGCUUUAGGCAAUUUGGGCCACAGCGACGACGACGACGUUCUGGAGUUGGACGAAGCGCCGAGCCUGUUGGAGCGGCAUCGUGUGCAUCAGCUUGAGCUGAGGGAGGCCUUGCUGGAGGCCUUUCACCGCCGCAACACGCUCCUGGCUCAACUGGCACGCCACCAGCCCCGAAAAGGACAUCAGUGGUCGAGCUUUCAAAGAUACAUCGCGGUGCUGGAGGAGGAAGGUUUUCUUUGCUCCACGGUGGACGCUGGUGAUGGCCGCUUCCUGGAGAGUACUGCUAAGGGCGCGGCAGCCCAUGGAAUUACGCGAGGGGCCAACCUUUUGUGGCUCAGUGCCCUGCUCCCGAAACCCUUGGGGCCGGACAUCACGGCAGGCCUUGAGCCCGCCGACCUGGCAGCCUUGGUCGCAGCGAUGACCGAGCCACGCGAGGACGCCCGCAGCGCCCGCAGCGCGCGGGGUGACCUGGGCACGUCAGCUCUAGAGGAGGCCCUCAAGUGGCUCAGCGACUAUCGUUGGCACUUGUGGGAAGUCCAACUUCGGCAUGGCGUUUGCGAACCCUUGCCCCUCUCCUUGGACGCCUUUCGCCUUGUCCGCCGCUGGGCCUCCACCACUUGUGCCUGGCGUCCAUUGGUCGACUCUGCGGGACGCCUGGGCGAGGGCGACGUCUUCCGGCUGCUGCGGCGGACGAUGGAGGUGCUCGAAGGCUUGGAGUACUGCACCAGCGUGGAGGAGUCCUGGCAUUCACGGGUGCGAGAGGCACGGAAGCUGCUGGCCAGGAGCCCUGUGGUGGAGAACCAACAGGUGGAGUCGGGCGAAGUCCUCCUCGACGGCCUCGGCGCCUUCGACGGUUCGGAGUUCUUAGCUUGCAUGCGCUUGCUACGCACCAUUGAGCUUGAAACCGUGCAGAAGCUCAUGCAGGCGGCCGGCGCCCGGGAUGGAGGCGACAGGCUGGAGGUCUCUCACUUGCCCAGCCUUUUGAACUCCAUGGGUUAUGAAACCUGGGACUUGCAGGUCAUUGAGGAGACUUUGGAAGAUGCCACUCUGGCGCCCUGCACGGAGCUUGAGCUGGGAGAUGUGUGGAGGUUUCUCAUGGAGUAUCGCCGCAGGGAGGGCUUCGGCCGCCAGGAACUUCAAGAGAUCACGGAGACCUUCCGGCGCCACGACGAGGACGAGUCGGGCGAGCUGGACAACUUGGAAUCCCCGCUGGCGCUGCGAAUGCUGGGCUUCUCCGUGGGGUACACCGAGGUGCAAAGUUGGUUGCUCAAGGUGGAUGUGGACGAGUCAGGUGCCUUGAACCUCGCGGAGCUUCGGAAGCUGGUGCGGAUGCUUCAAGCCCAAGACAUGGAGCACUUCCGAGAUGUCUUUGACGCCUACGUGCGGCAGGGCUUUAGCAAAGGAGGGCCUCCAGGGACCCUCACGCGAGAGAACUGCGUGCGGCUUCUGGAGUUGCUCAACUUCACAGUGCCUUUGGAGACCUUUGACACGGUCCACGUCACGGAGCAUCAGUUCCUGACGGUGUGCUACAAGUUGAUCAAAGCACAGCGAAUGGAGUGCCGUAAGAACGGUGGCUGGAGUGCGCAGCAGCUCAAGGUGCUCAGGGCAGAGUACGAGACCUAUGCUUCCAGUCGGGAUGGCUGUGUGGCCAAUAAGGACCUCAUCCGGCUCCUGGAGGACGUGCUCCCUGACAUGUCGCGGGAUCCCCUCUUCAGGCCGGAAUUGCGCUCCAUCCUGCGGCAGGUCAAGGUUGACAGCACGGGACGUUUAGGUUUCAAGGAGUAUUUGACCUUCCUGCAGCUUUGUCGCUCCGCCAAGGAGAUCAGUGUGGCAAGACGGCAGCAGGCAGCCGUGGAGGAGACUGGCUUCAGCGGGCCGGAGGUGCAAGAGCUACGAGAGCUUUUCCUUGAAGCUGCUGCCCCCAGUGGUAUCACCUUUGACGGACUAUGGAAGCUGAUCAACAGCACCACACCGUUGGGGCAUGCGCUCACCACGGAACUCCAGGAGCUUUUCAACGAGCAGUUAAUGAGAAGGACUGAUGUGCAUGAGCCCCCGGAGCAGGCCUUGGACUUCGCCGAUUUCUUAAGGUUCAUGAGGCAGAUGAUGGAGAUCAACUUUGCGAAUUUGGUCAAUGAUCCGCAGAACUAG